CUGCUUUCCCAGCAGGUCAGGUUGGCAUUCAGUGCUACAAGACAGAUGGCUCUGUAUUGGUUUCUUUGGGCUGCUACAACGAGGUACCACACACUGGGUGGCUUCAAACAACAGAAAUUUAUUGUCUUGUAGUUCUGAAGACUCUAAGUCCCCAGUCAAGGUGAUUAUCCCCAAUCAAAUCAAGCAGAGCCAUGCUUCCACUGAGACUCCAGGUGGUUUUAACCAAGAGAGCAGAUCCAGCUGAGCUUAGAACAAUAUUUUUGAAGUAUGCAAGCAUUGAAAAAAAUGGUGAGUUUUUCAUGUCUCCCAAUGACUUCGUCACUCGAUAUUUGAACAUAUUUGGAGAAAGCCAGCCUAAUCCAAAGACUGUGGAGCUUUUAAGUGGUGUAGUGGAUCAGACCAAAGAUGGAUUAAUAUCCUUUCAAGAGUUCGUAGCAUUUGAAUCUGUCCUGUGUGCCCCAGAUGCUUUGUUCAUGGUGGCCUUUCAACUCUUUGACAAAACUGGCAAAGGAGAAGUUACUUUUGAGGACGUUAAGCAAGUUUUUGGACAGACCACAAUUCAUCAACGUAUUCCAUUUAACUGGGAUUCAGAAUUUGUGCAACUACAUUUUGGAAAAGAAAGAAAAAGACACCUGACAUAUGCAGAAUUCACUCAGUUUUUACUGGUGGGUCCAGCUCUUAAAGAGUAAAUAAGUAAAACUGGGAUCCUGAUUUACCUCAAAAUUGCUAACCUAGACAAACCAUCCUAUUUGAAAGUAUUUCUUCAUUAGUAUGUAAACAAGAUAUGAUUAAAUGGGUUCCUACAGACUGUAGAAUCCCUUCCUGUGGAAAAGGAAUAUGCAUUGAGGCCCCAGGAAAUCAAGUGAUUUGCUGAAAAGUCACAUAAGUCGGGGAAGGGGCAGGAUUGGAACUUGAAUUCUUGGCUUAUGACUAGUUCCACUACUAUACACCAGUAUUUUGUUUUUCUUUGAGAAAUGGACAGACAUGUCCUCAUCAGCAUCUAACUGUAGAAUUAUUUCACUGGAGGCCUUUUAUAGACAAAGGCACUGGGUCUGCAACUUGACUGCAGAUUGAAAUCACUUGGGGAGCUUUAAAAACAACUGGUAUUUGGGUCCCCCACCUCUAGAGAUUAGAUUUGACUGGGGAGGUGGGCAGCGAGAACCUGGGCAUUGGGAUAGUGAAAGCUUCCCAGGUGCUUAUGAUGUGCAGCCAAGUUUGAGAAUCACUGUUCAGAGAGUAUCUGCUGUCCAUACCCAGGGUGAAACUCGGGGUUGUUUACAUUUCUGGGGUGCACCUUCCUUGGCCUUGUCCCUCCUGCCUUUCUCUCAUCACCACCCGCAUCCCAUUGUGGUCCCAUCAUUAGACCACUGAUGAUGCCAGUGGACAAGUAGUAACAAAACAUGAUUGCACUUUAGUUGUCCUCCUGAAGUGUAAUUCUUAGAAUGUUUUAAUUCCAAUAUUAACAUUUAGUCACUAAAGGUCAAUAUCUGUAUGGUAUGUAGGC